AUGGGCAGUUACCUUCACUCCCUCUCUCUCUCAAGGACUCAAUUUGAGGCUGGUGGAGAUGUCUCAAAUGAAGAGAACUGUGAGUAGCGAGGGUUUGUUACCUUAUUACACGGCCCACAGCUACCGCUCAGUGGGCGUGUUCAAUACCUCCAUGGGGGAACUGCAACGACAACUGUACAAGGGAGGAGAGUAUGACAUUUUCAAGUAUGCACCUAUGUUCGAAAGUGAGUUUAUCCAGAUCAGCAAAAAAGGAGAGGUUAUUGAUGUACACAACCGUGUCCGCACAGUGACUGUGGGCAUUGCAUCCACCAGUCCCGUCCUCCCAUUACCUGAUAUCAUGCUACUGGCUCGACCAGCAAAAGUCUGUGAGGAGCAUGCCAGACAUGCCUGGACCACCAAGGGGAGAAGUCGCAAGCCCAGGAAGACGCUAGAGCUCACCAGGCUGCUUCCCUUAAAGUUUGUCAAGAUCUCCAUUCAUGAUCGCGAGAAACAGCAGCUACGCCUAAAGCUGGCCACUGGCCGCACUUUCUAUCUGCAGCUGUGUCCCUCUUCAGAUGCACGAGAAGACCUCUUCUGCUACUGGGAAAAGCUUGUCUAUCUCCUGAGACCACCAGUGGAGAGCUGCAGCAGUGCUCUGACCCUGCAAACGGGGGAUGCAGUCACCUUAGAGGCUGAUAAAAGCCUACUGACCCCAGAGCUCCAUGGAGAAGGGGAUCAGGAUGAGUUUAUAUUUCUCAAGCCUCGUGAGGUAUCUAGAGCAACCUCUUCUGGUUACGCUGGGGGAGAGGGAAUCCGUCGUGCCCACCACAGAAUGCCUGGUUCACCUACGGUCCUGAGGACUUCAGGGACUGCUGAAGGAGCAGCAUCCAGGUCAGCCGCAGGUGUGGCAGUAUUAGGGACAGAAACAAGCACUACGACAGGCUUGGCAGUGGCAGGGGCAGGCAUGAGGCCUUCUUCUAGUGCUCUGAGCAUAUCAGCAACCAAGGCUGCAGGUCCAGGCCAGGUAAACACAGUGACCCUUGCUGGAGCCACUGCCAAAUCCCCGGGAGAAAGUGGACCCAACAAGGCCAUUGCAGGUGUUGUCAAUAUAUCCUCAGAGGGUAUGAAUGUGGCCUUGGGCUCUGCAAGCACGUCCUCAGCAGGUAAUUCCACUGUAAUGACAGGAGCUUCCAGUCUCUCCCCAGGAAGCAGCAUGAUUCCCUCCCCAGGAAGCAGCAUGAGUGUGGUGUUUGCAGGUGCAGUGGCGACGGGCACACCUGUUCUGGAAAGAGCUAGGGGCCUAGGAGGAGCACGCCUCAUCUCAACCUUGCAGAGCGAAAGCUACCUGCGUGAACAGGAUGGAAGCCAGAAGGUCUCCCCACCCAGUGCUGAAAUCUGGGAGAGAAAAAAAGAAAGAAGAGAAAAGAAAGACAGAACUUCCAGUAGGAAAAGUUCUCAUCACCAAAGGGCAGGUGAAAGUCACCACAGGACAGGAGGGCACAAGUCAAACCAGAAAUCAUCCUCCCACCAGUCCCUAUCCGGCCACGACAAAAGAGAUGACAAAAAGGGGAAAGGGCAGAGCCCUGUAAGAAAGAGAGGACACCACUCUCACAAGAGUGGCAGCCACAGCCCCAUGGCAAAGGAGUCAAAAACAGCUCACAAACUGGGGAAGAUCAAAUCUGCAAACAGUUCAGGUACUGUAAGUAAGAAAUCCAGUAAAAUUGGCUCUUUCUUCAAGAACUUGAAACUCAUUCCUGGUUCAAAAGCAACAGCCACAACACAUAAUAGGGAGUUAAACUUCUCAGCUAAGACCCUAGAGAAGCACAACAUAAAGACCAAGGUAGGGAAAACCCAGAAUGCCCAGGAGGAGAUCUGUAGUACCCUGACAUCUGAGACAAUGGAGACAAUAAUCUUCGAAGCUAAAUCUAUUUAAAUAGGAGACUGGACAGGAAGCUGCAAUGUAGACCCUGCCUUAUGGAAGUAUCCCUAGAGUCAAUUCCAGCUUUCUCUAAUAAAGGAAACAAUGCAACUCGAAAAGAAA